AUGGUCACCCCCAAUGUUCUUACUUUUGACGCUGAGGGGAGGGCCAUUGACUUUGCCGUCUGGAUUGAAGACCUGCAGCUGUACUUACUGUGUGAUGCGAUAGAUGAGGUCUCUCUCUUUGACUUUGUCUCUGGAGCUGUCCCUGCCCCGCCUGCUGAUGCUGACUCUGCCGUUCGCUCCAAGUGGGCGACCCGCGAUGCUGCUGCACGUCUUGCUGUGCGUCGCCACCUCCCUUCCUCUGAGCGUGCCCACUUUAGUCAGUGCAAGACCGCUCAGGCCUUGUACGACGCUGUAGUUGCACGCUACUCCUCCCCUUCCUCCGCUGCCCUUAGCCGCCUCAUGCUACCGUUUCUCUUCCCUGACCUCGCUUCCUUUCCCACUGUCGCUGACCUCGUUACCCACCUCCGCGCUAGUGACGCUCGCUACCGCGCUGCCCUUCCUGCUGAGUUCCGCGCCGCAAACCCUCCUCCCAUGUAUAUCACUCUCUACUUUCUCGUCACCCGUCUUCCUGAGUCCCUUCGUGUCGUUAGGGACCAGUUUCUCUCUGUCUGUCCCACCACCCUCACUGUCGACCUCCUUGAGGAGUCCCUGCUAGCGGCUGAGAAGACGGCAGACGCCGCUCUGGCAAGGGCAAGGGGGGCAAGGGAGCGGGUGGAUCUAGAGGAGGCAGUGGUGGAGGAGGUGGGGGUGGCGGGGGGAGUGGGGGUGGCAGUGGAGGUGGUGGCGGGAGUGGAGGUACUAGUGGCGGCGGUGGAGGCGGAGGUGGCGGCGGAGGUGGUAGCGGAGGAGGCGGUGGGAGCGGUGGGAGCGACGGUCCUGGUGGGGGAGGUGGCGGUGGAGACGGGGGUGGCGGUGGAGGCGGGGGUGGUGGUGGAGGCGGGGGUCGGAGUGGCUCGUCCCAGAGGAGCAGCUCUGGGGGUGGUUAGCGCCAGCAGCAGCAGCAGCAGCAGCAGCAGCAGCCGCAGCAGCAGCAGCGCUCUCGCACCGUCCCCGGCCCUCAGCAGCUCCGUGAGUGGCGCCCACACAGCCCGUCGCUGCUUUGGCCGUCUGACCGACGCCUGGCGUCAGCAGUUUCCGGAGGCCGCUGAGAUCCCCCGCUGGGGAGAGCUGUCUAGGGCUGGAGUAGCUAUUUAUGAUCUUGACUUUGAUGCUUUUCUCUCUGCUAUGUAUGCUGUGACUGGUAGUGAUGAGGAUGACUGUUACCGGUCUUUCCCGCCCGACCCGGGCAUUGGUACUGCCGCGUCAGGUACUAGUGAGGCUGCUGCUCUAGGUGCCAGUGCGUCUGUGCUCUCAGGUGCUGGUGAGUCUGCCCUCUCAGGUACUGUGUCGGCUUCGGCCUCUCACACCUUCACCCUUGACUCUGGAGCGUCUCGCUCCUUCUUUAGGGACCGCACCACUCUCACGCCGCUGAGUCGGCCGGUUGCAGUGUCCCUGGCUGACCCCUCUGGGGGGCCGGUCCUGGCUCGCUUCUCCACUGUCCUCCCGUGUCCGGCGGCCCCCUCUGGCACCCUGACUGGUCUCUACCUCCCCUCGUUCUCGACGAACUUGGUGAGUGGUGCUGACCUCCAGGAUGCGGGUGUCCACCAGUUCACCCCUGCUCGUCAGCGGGUGACCCACUGCACGGAGGAGGAUACAGGUCGCCACCUGGCUACGUUUACACGUCGGCCAGGGUCGAGCCUGUACACACUGACCACUGCUUCUCCUCCAGGUGCUGAGUCUGGUAGGGUCCCUUCGUCUGGUCAGGUGUUUGCUGCAGCGUCCAGGUCUGGUCCUGAGUCUGCCCCCUGCUCGUGUCGUCGUCUGUCUCACGAGACCCUCCUCUGGCACCACCGCCUUGGCCACCCCUCUCUGCUUCGGCUCAGAGGCAUGGCCUCGCGAGUCCAUGUGUCUGGUCUUCCCCGGUCUCUCCCUCCCCUUCCUCCGGGCCCUGGCCCCACCUGUGUCCCCUGUGUCGAGGGGCGCCAGCGUGCUGCCCCUCACUCCUCCCAGUUUCCUCCCACAGAGGCCCCGUUGCAGACGCUUCACAUGGACGUGUGGGGCCCAGCCCGCGUCCGUGGACAGGGUCAGGAGCGCUACUUCCUGCUGGUGGUUGACGACUACUCGCGUUACACCACAGUCUUCCCCUUGCGCAGCAAGGGUGAGGUCACUGAGGUGCUGAUCGACUGGAUCCGCGCAGCUCGUCUCCAGCUUCGGAGGAGCUUUGGCUCUGACUUCCCUGUUUUGCGUCUGCACUCGGACAGAGGUGGAGAGUUCUCCUCCGGCCUCCUGAGUGCCUACUGUCGUGUGCGAGGCAUCCGUCAGACCUUCACGCUUCCGGACUCACCGCAGCAAAAUGGGAUUGCUGAGCGCCGCAUUGGCAUGGUCAUGGACGUCGCUCGUACGUCCAUGAUGCAUGCGGCUGCUCCCCAUUUUCUGUGGCCGUUUGCGGUCAGGUACGCUGCGCACCAGAUCAACCUCCACCCCAGGGUCUCUCGACCGGAGACCUCCCCAGCCCUGCUGUGGACGGGGAAGGUUGGCGAUGCGUCGGCGUUCCGGGUCUGGGGAUCUCGGGCGUUUGUUCGCGACCUGUCUGCGGACAAGCUGUCCCCUCGUGCUUCUCCCUGCGUCUUCCUGGGGUUCCCCCCCGACGCCCCUGGGUGGCAGUUCUACCACCCCACCUCUCGACGUGUUCUGUCCUCCCAGGACGUCACGUUCGACGAGUCGGUGCCCUACUACCGCCUCUUCCCCUACCGCACUCCGUCCCUCCCCCCACCCCCGCUCUUCUUGGUACCAGGUCCCCCCCCGGUAGUCCCCCUCCCCCCUCAGGGUCCUGCCCCUUCAGGUGUGUCCCAGGUAGACGCGGUCGAGCCUGUCGAGGUCACUGGUGACUCUGGUGCUGCUGCGGGAGCUGAGCCUGGGGGUGCUGAGCCUGGGGGUGCUGAGCCUUGGGGUGCUGUGCCUAGGGGUGCUGAGCCUGGAGGUGCGGAGUCUGGGGGUACUGUGCCUGGGGGUGCUGGGCCUGGGGGUGCUGAGCCUGGGGGUGCCGUGCCUGUAGGUGCUGUGUCUAGGGGUGCUGAGCCCGGGGGUGCUGUGCCUGGGGGUGCUUCGUCUCGCCGGGAGCCACUCUCCCCACAGGAGCUGCGUGAGUGGUUUGCCGGGCGCUGGAGGCGUGCUGCUGGUGCUGGUGGUUCUUCGACUGCAGAGGGCACUGCUGCUGCGCGCCCCGCCGGUGCUCGUACUGUGGGUGCUGGAGCUGCUGAGUCUGAGAGUUCUCCUGGAGCUGGUCCUGCUGAGGGUGUUGGCGCUGAGCCUGCCGUUGGCGGCCCGACUGACAGUGCUCCUGGUGUUGCGGCUGGAGGUUCUGGUGCUGCUGGAGGUGCUGCUGGAGUGGGUGCUCCUGCCGGGGCUGCUGGUGCUGUUCCUGCUGUUUCUAGCGUCGCCGCGCGGCCCCGACCGUACUUCGUUCCGCUCCUGCAGCAGGUUCUUGGUCUUACACCUCCUCCUCCUCCCUUAGAGGGUCCGCAGCCUGUCCGGUCACAGCCACAGCUACAGCCUGCCUCCCCUUUGCCUGCUCCUUCUCCCUACGCUGGUCCGACUGGAGGUCUUACUAAGCGUCGUGAGCCUGCGUCUCGUCCUGUGUCGCCUGUUCGUACUGAGCGCGCUAGUGGUCGCGGGUCGCGUCAGCGUCCUCCUCCUGUCCCUGGCACGCACCGGAUGUCACUGCGUCCGUCCACUGCUCCUCUGCGUGCCCCUUUGCCUUCUCCUCCUGCUUCCUCUCUUCCUGCUCUUGCCGACCCGGAGUCGGACGCUCUUCGUGCUGCCAGUCCUACUGUCACGCGUCUCCUGGCUACUGCUGUCACUGACCCCUCCUUCGAGUCGUCUGCUGCGUCUGCCCUUGUCACUGAGCUUGUCGACUUUGCUGCGCGCUGUCGUCUAGACUACGCUGCUCGUCUUGUCACUGAGUCUGAGUCCGCCUGUCCUCCGUCCGUCGGGGGUGAGUGUGCCCUUGGCACGGACGUCCUUGAGGACAGGCAGGAGGAGUUCCAGUGUCUGGCCGCCGCUUCACCUCGUCUCGCGUCUGUACUGCUAGCCCCUGAGGGAGACCCGGAUGCACCAGACAUCCCGACUCCGCGCUCUUACGCGGAGGCGAUAGAGGGUCCCUACUCCUCUCAGUGGCAGGCAGCUAUGGAUGCAGAGAUGGCUUCCUGGAAGUCCACAGGCACCUACGUUGACGCUGUUCCCCCUCCUGGGGCAAACAUCGUCAGUGGCAUGUGGAUUUUCAGGGUAAAGCGGCCGCCGGGUUCUCCGCCUGUCUUCAAGGCGCGUUACGUGGCUCGUGGCUUCAGUCAGCGGCAGGGGGUUGACUACUUUCAGACCUUCUCCCCCACCCCGAAGAUGACCACUCUUCGGGUUCUGCUACACGUUGCUGCUCACCGUGACUACGAGCUUCACUCUCUCGACUUCAGCACAGCUUUCUUGCAGGGCAGCCUGCACGAGGAGAUCUGGCUGCGUCGCCCACCUGGCUUCACUGGGUCUUUCCCUCCUGGUACCCAGUGGAGUCUCCGGCGUCCAGUCUACGGUCUCCGCCAGGCGCCACGUGAGUGGCACGACACACUGAGGACUACGCUCGCGGCACUUGGGUUUGCUCCUUCCACUGCCGACCCGUCGCUGUUUCUGCGCACCGACACCUCUCUGCCGCCGUUCUACAUCCUCGUGUACGUCGACGACUUGGUCUUUGCCAUAGCUGACACUGCUGGACUCGCCUACUCACACAUGGUGCAGCAGGUCCUUCAGCGCUUCGGCUUCACGUACUCCUCGCCUCAGGCCACUCCUCUGCCUACUCGCCACUCGCUCUCAGCUCUGCCUUCGGAUGAGUCCGUAGAGUCGAGUGGCCCGUACCCAGAGCUUGUUGGCUGCCUCAUGUACCUGAUGACCUGCACACGACCUGACCUCGCAUACCCUCUUAGCAUUCUCGCACGCUUUGUUGCUCCUGGGAGACACCGACCAGAGCACAUGGCUGCAGCGAAGAGGGUGUUGCGCUACUUGUGCAGUACGUCGGGCAUGGGGCUAGUGCUUGGAGGGCGCAGUCCAGUGGUCCUCACUGGGCACGCAGACGCUUCUUGGGCUGACGACCAGGCUACGCAGCGGUCGUCACAGGGUUACACCUUCAGCCUUGGUUCCGGCUCUGUCUCGUGGCGGGCUACCCGCUCGUCUUCUGUUCUCGGCUCCAGUUGUGAGGCUGAGAUCUACGCUGGGGCUAUGGCUGCACAGGAGUUACGCUGGCUCACCUACCUGCUGACCGACCUUGGAGAGCAGCCUCGUUCUCCUCCAGUCCUGUACGUAGACAACAAGGCCAUGCUGGCCUUGUGUCGAGAGCAGCGACUGGAGCACAGAACGAAGCACAUUGCUCUUCGCUACUUUCUUGCUCGUGAGCUACAGCAGCGUGGACAGCUGCGACUUGCGUACGUGGCCUCUGAGGCCAACACUGCUGAUGUCUUCACCAAGGCAUUUGCGCCUUGUGAUCAUCAGCGUUGCUGCACGCAGUUGGGUCUUGUGCCUGUCUUGCCUCACUUGCUCUCCUCUUGA